AUGAGAGGAGAGAAUAACAGGCAAAUAGAAAAUCUUUGUGAUAAUCUACCUUAUCUAUUUCGGAUCGGUAAAGCCAAGGACAAACGCAGUCUUCUAAGGUGUCGCUUCAACUAUGUUUCAUCGUCCCUGUUGGAGACUUGGAGACUACAGCGGCCAAAGAAAAACGAGAAUCUCGAGAAAUGUAUAGGAAGGAGAGAAGCACAGCACAGGCGGUGGUUCAGAGGCUGUGUCAAUGUGUCAGAGAGACGGUCUCCAUGCCAGGGUUGCCUUUUAUGUCCACGUAAUGUGGGAUCUGGUGGAACUCCUGAAAGAAAGAAGUGGGGCCUGGAGCAAGUCCCUUUCUUCUGUCUUUGUUCAACCGCUUUAACCACGUCCUUUCCUUCUCGCGCUCUAUUCUCCUGGGAACUCGGCACCACGAGAUUUCGCCUUCGUCCACGUGGUCUUACCUUUGGUAUUAUCAACGCGCAAGAAGAAACUGGAUCGGAACGGCAAUGGAAUAUCAAGAAGUCUCGGAGCAAUCGAGGGAUGCCAGCGGUGCAAGAACACUUGAAUGGAGCCACGGGCAGAACCAGUAUUGCGAGAUGCGGUCUCCCGUGCUGUCGUUCAGAAUCCCGCAGAAGGGGCAGCCGUUUCGAGGAAGCGGUCGUCGAUUGGAAAUCGUACAUGCUGCCCGUUGAAUGGACUAUAUCUCUUUCCCUCCUGCACUGUGAACGCUUGUUUUGCUGUCCUUUCUCUUUCCUAUCCCUCCCGCUCUUCCAGCUCUGGGCAGACGCGCGCCUCGGUGUCCUAGCGCGCGAUUCAUGCUGCUGCACGCACUGUUCCCUUUCUUUCCUUGAGUUUCGCGUCCCCAGUUUUUUCCUAUGAGACGUGGAUACGAGGAAUCGAGCCGUCUCGUCUCGACCCGCUCCACGAUUUUCGUUCGUUGAUCGUUAAUCGAUCAACUCUUUUGGACCCACGCGUCGAUUCGUUUUCGAUCAGAUUACUUUCUCUGAAUUUACGAUCUUUUUCAUUAAAAAAAAAAAGAAAACGAAAAAGAAAAAUAGUAAAUGUUUUUGUAUGGAAUUUUUUAAUAUUAUUUUAUUAGAAUUUUUUUUAUUUUAUGCAGAAAUAUAAAACUCAUAAAAAUAAAUAUUUUAUUUAUAGUUUGCAUAAACUAUAAAUAAAGAUAUAUAAAAAUAUUUUAAUGAUAUAAUAAUAGAAGGAAAGUCCUUAAUAUA